UCAGCCCCCUCCUCCGCUGAAAUUCAACACCUGGAAAUCAAUCACCUCCCUUGAGUAAUCGCCUUUCGAUUCCACGCAUCGAAACGCGAAUUCCUUGACGAGCACUCAACCGUAACCAUGGCUGACGAUCCCGAUUACAACGCCGAGGAGGCCGCCGAGCUCAAGAAGAAGCGCCAGUUCCGCAAGUUUUCCUACCGAGGCAUCGACCUUGAUGCUCUUUUGGACCUUGACUCGGAGCAGCUCCGCGAUGUCGUCCACGCCCGUGCCCGCCGCAGAAUCAACCGUGGUCUCAAGCGCAAGCCCAUGGGCCUGAUCAAGAAGCUGCGAAAGGCGAAGCAGGAGGCCAAGCCAAACGAGAAGCCAGACCUUGUCAAGACACACCUGCGUGACAUGAUCGUUGUCCCCGAGAUGAUUGGCAGCGUUAUCGGUAUCUAUUCUGGCAAGGAAUUCAACCAAGUCGAAAUCCGACCUGAGAUGGUUGGUCACUACCUGGGAGAGUUCUCUAUCUCAUAGUACGUUCUUGCCCCACACGGAGCACGAUCUUUCGCCAGUCCCGUACGUCAUUUGCUAACAACCUCACAGCAAGCCUGUCAAGCACGGACGUCCCGGUAUUGGUGCCACUCACUCUUCGCGAUUCAUUCCUCUCAAGUAAGCUGUGGAAUAAGGCUGGGGACUUGCAUUCAUGGAUUUGGCGAACGGAAUGGAUUCUGCUCGGUAGCAAGGCAAAAAAAAA